AUGAUCUAUGUUCAUCUGCUAAUCGCAUCAAAAUUCAGCGAAACUUGUAUCAAGGGACAUCGUUCGAGUGGAUGCAAGCACACCGAUCGAGCUCUGUACGAGAUAAAAAAGAAAGGCCGACCGGUCACUCAAUGCGAACAGUGUCGUGAAUUACGCAAAACGAAACAAGUCCAUGUCAAGUGUAUAUGCCCUAAGGGAGAAGGAAGUGGCCAAGCCUCCAACAGUUUAAACAAAACGUUGCAGAAACCCGCGUUCCCCAACGGUUUGCCUCAAGCGUCAAUCGCGGUACAACACCUAUCAGAAAGCUCUUCUGAUUCGGAAUACGGUAUGGCUGUAAGUUUAUUGCAGUCCAGAUCCUUACUGACGCUCCAUGGCGUGUGA